UGAGUUAGUGUAAAUCCUUAAGAUUUGUACACUGUAUUUGGACUUGGAAAAUUUUGAAAGAUAAUGCAGAGACAGAUCCUUAUUUUUCCACAUUCUUAAACAUGCAUAAGUGUAGUCUAAAACGCACCAAAACGAAGUGUCGUUUAGCCAUGCAGGAAAAACGACAUAUUACGGGUUCUUGGUUCUUCUUAUCCUUUCUAUUACUUGAGUUGAGCAGUGGGUGUGAAGGUGAAGAAAUGCUUCUUCAAACGAGGCAAUUUGGCACAGCGUGUUCAUGGGUCACACUCACACCCGCAACCUAAAGAAAUAACUCAGUUUCAUUGAGAAGGAGCAAUUGUUGCCCAAAAUGUUCGGUGUCCCAAUUGGAAUUGAAGAGUGAGAGUGAGAGCAAAGCGAAGCGGUUGACCCUGAACAUGGCACUCCCUUGUUCUGCUUCAGUUCCACUGACAACACUAACAUCCCCUCUUCUCUUCAUGUUCAGUUUGAACAAUUUGGACUGCGCACUCCUCAGUCCAAAGCGUCUUGUUUCUGUGUGGAGGAAAAGGUUUGGAGAAGAAGUUGAUCAAGAUUUUAUUUACAUUAUUGCCGUGGAUCGGAUACUCCAAUUGGAAGACAUUCAGGAGGAUGGCAUAUGGGUCACCUCUUCAGAUUACAAAAAUGCUCAACCCGAUCCUCUUCGGGACUCUGCACACAACUUAGUCACUGAAAUCAACACCAACAAUAUGGAAGACAUUACUCGCUUUUGCAAUGUCUACGUUGAUUUGGAUUUCCUGGUAUUGACUGUGAGCCUAAUCUAUCGAAUCAGCACAAUGUACUGGGAUGACAAGUAUGGAACCCAAAGUGUGUCCAAUGAGGUAGUUAGUGAAAUGAGAGAAUUCUCAGCAAGGACAAUCAGAAUUUGACCUCAAAUUCUUUCUUAUUAGAUGAUGAUCUGAGUAUUCCAACAGUUACUAAUCUUCAUCGGGAAUUAUGAGCACACACAAAUUGUGUUUUCUGGCAAUGAUUAUGAGUGCACACAAGGUAAGUAUUUCAUUCUCAAUAUGAUUUAUUCUAUAUGUAAGAAGAGGAUUCAAACUAUGGAUCAUUUGCGUAAAGUCUUAAGAGACACAGGUGCUUAUGUCAAUUGGUAUAAAUAAAAAAUUCUAGUACAUGUCAAGUAAAAUUUGACUGAAGCCAUAUGUUAAUAAUUUCUCCUAACAAUGGAUUUAUUUUGUGUGUCCCGUGUUAUCAAGGUUAUAGAGUAGUAAUAAAAAUUGACCCUGAUAUUAUUAUCAAGCUUAGUGCAAGUAAUUAGGAAAAAGAGUUUACACCAUCGAGUAAUCUCAAUGAACAUCAAAAAGAAAAAAAGAUAUACGAUCAUAAACUUACUUGAUCACGUAUGAUUUGGGGAACCAAAUGCUUCUCCUGACUUAACUUUGCAAACUUGAGAUGAUCAGGCUACAAUAGUCAUGCAGUUGCGGAUAAAAGAGUUGUUAUUUAGUUAGGAUAAAUUUGUAUAAUGAAGAGCAAAAGGAGAAGAAAGAGAAUGUAGUGGAAAAAGAUAAAGAAAAAGGUAAACAUGCAGAAAUUAUGGAAAAAUUAUUGUAUGAAUACAUUAUUCUUUUCAAAAAUACAAUUUAUUCAAUAUCAUGAUUUCACUUAUUAAGAUCCUCUUGUUGAUUUCUUUUUCUUUUUUAUUUAUUCCUUUGAUUUCGAUGAAUCAAUGUUAAUUUUAACUCAAAUUACUGAUAUUAUUAUGAUAUUUUAUUUGGUUUGGAUCGAUUAAUUUUGACUCAAAUUACUAAAGUUAUUAAGAUUUGGUUCAAUAUCCUAUUUUGACUCAAGUUACUACAAUUAAAUUAUAAAUUUUUUCUCAAAAUAUCCAUUAUUAAUAAUUUCUUUAUCAUCAUCAUUAUUAAUAUUAAUUUUUAGUCUUUUGCGUCGGGAAUGUUGCACUUUCUCAAAUGGUGAAUAUGUGAAGUCUGGUGUAGCGGAACUGGAGAAAUGGAUAGUCAAUGCAACAGAGGAGUAUGCAGGGACAUCCUGGCAUGAGCUGAAUUAUAUAUGACAAGCCAUCGGGUUCUUGGUAAUACAUCAGAAGAGGAAGAAAUCUUUGGAAGAGAUUCGGCUAGAUCUUUGUCCGGCUGUUAUAUCCCUGAUCCCCAGUGUUCACAGCACCCCUGCUACCUAUAUGAACUCCUGAGUCCUGAUCCCCUGCUCUCCCUCCUGUUCUUAACAUAUCAGUAGAGUGAUUGACUAAAAAUUUAUUUGAUCGUUAAUAGUAAUACAUUUAUUUGUUGAAAAUUUUCUUUUUAAGUAAGACAAUUAUGCUGGUAUCUUCAUUAACAGUGCCUCUCAUGUCUGAAUGUUCUAAGAAUAUGAAACAAACAGUUAAUGACUUUCCUUCCCUGUUAAUGGAGCAUGUUUGGUCUCAUUCACUACAAA